GGGAGGAGCCAGGGAAGGAGGCUGCCGUCGGGGCCGGCGCCAGAGUCCAGGAUUUGGCCUGUGGUGCUGACCGAGUGCUGGACCAGGGCGGUCCAGAGUGCCUGGCCUGUGCGCGCGCCCGCUGCUCAGAGUUUCUUUUCUCCCCCACUUCCCGGCAAAGGCGCAGGUGGCAGCAGGAGCCGGUGUGGUGGGCGGAGGGAGGCCAGGAGGGCGCGGGCACCCUGAGCGCGUAGCAGGUGGAGGCGGCCGGGGGCCGGGACGCCAUGUCCAUGGAGGACCCCUUCUUUGUGGUGAAAGGAGAGGUACAAAAGGCAGUCAACACUGCCCAGGGAUUGUUUCAGAGAUGGACAGAGCUCCUUCAGGACCCCUCCACAGCUACAAGGGAGGAGAUCGACUGGACCACCAACGAGCUGAGAAACAACCUCCGUAGCAUAGAGUGGGAUCUAGAAGACCUUGACGAAACCAUCAGCAUAGUUGAAGCAAAUCCUAGAAAAUUCAACCUCGAUGCAACUGAACUAAGUAUAAGAAAAGCCUUUAUAACAAGUACUCGGCAAGUUGUCAGGGACAUGAAAGAUCAGAUGUCAACCUCAUCGGUGCAGGCCUUAGCUGAAAGGAAAAAUAGACAGGCACUGCUGGGAGACAGUGGCAGCCAGAACUGGAACACUGGAACAACAGACAAAUAUGGUCACCUAGACCGGGAGCUGCAGUUAGCCAAUUCCCAUUUCAUCGAGGAGCAGCAGGCACAGCAACAGUUGAUCGUGGAACAGCAGGAUGAGCAGUUGGAGCUGGUCUCUGGCAGCAUCGGGGUGCUGAAGAACAUGUCCCAGCGCAUCGGAGGGGAGCUGGAGGAGCAGGCAGUUAUGUUGGAUGACUUCUCUCAUGAGUUGGAAAGCACUCAGUCUCGGCUGGACAAUGUGAUGAAAAAGCUGGCGAAGGUGUCCCACAUGACCAGUGAUUCUAACUCAGCCUGGGUUGAGUACUGUGGCAUCAUAGCUCACAGCAACCUCCAACUCCUCUUGUCUCACCCUCCUGAGUAGCUGGGACUACAGGUGCCUGUCACAACACCUGGCUGGUUUUUAGAGACAGGGUCUCACUCUUGCUCAGGCUGGUCUUGAACUCCUAAGCUCAGGCCAUCCACCUGUCUCGGCCUCCCAGAAUUGCUAGAAUUACGGGCAUGAGCCACCGUGCCCUGCCUGGCUGCUUCCCUUUCUCAAGUUCCCCAGGAACAUGGCCAUUCCCUGCUCUUGAACUUCACAAAGAAACAAUAAGCCUGAAGAGAAGUCUCCGCAGGGCCUCAGAAGUGCCGGUUGAAGAUCCCUCCUGUCAAGUUUGGCUUCUCAUUUGAGAGUCCAUAUGCUGCUGCAGUUUUUGGCAAGACAGCUGGAGGGCUUGAUGUUUACCAGGCCUCUGGUGCCCUGGGUAGUGUCAGUCCUUUGUGGGCCACUGGCCAAUAACAGCGGGCUCAUCCCACCGUGUGGAAAGGAAGAUCUCUCUGCUGUCCUCAAGGGCUGCCAUUCAUCCAUUCACCGAGUCACUGUACACCCAUGCUUUGUCUGCUGGAGCACACAGGCCCAGGGGUCUUGAAGAUCCUCAUGUUCACGCUGGGUGUCAGGCCUGGAAUUGGUUUCACCAUAGACAACUGCGAUAUUCCUACCACUGGGGUAAUAGUGUUACAAUGUCUUCACCACCUGCUUUUCCUUUUCUUUGUAUGAACUAGGUUCUUUUCUUGAGUAGAGGACACUUUCUGACACUUGAAAUUUGAAGAUUCUUAUGUUAAUUUUCUUAUUUCAUCCACUUUGUGCAGUAGUCCCCCCAUCCCCAUAUCCGCGGUUUCACUUCUCAAGGUCUCAGUUACCUGCCAGAAAGCAUUACGCCUAUACAAAGACUUCAGCAAGGGAGCCUUGUGUAUAUGAGAAAACAUACUUUCUGUAGAGUUGUGUAUCCACUGCUUCAAGCAUCUACUGGGGGGCUUGGACUGGCUGUGAACAAUAGAGGACUACUGUAUACUUCAGAACAUAAUAAAAACAUACAUUAUUAUCUUGUACACAGUAAAAGCAUACAUUAUUAUCUGUCAAUUUGAAAACAAAGUUGUGAUAACUUCUGGGGCCAUACAUGUGGACUGGCUGCCUGAUGUUGGAGCUUCCCUGUACUGGAUCUGGAGGGAUCAUCCUUAAGAGGGUGACUUUUUAAUGAUCACUCUGCAGCAGCUGGGUUAGAAUUUGGUGACAGCAGCCACUUGUCCAGUUAGCCACAUAGCCACUCCCUGUCAGCUGAGUCACUGAGGCUUUUCCCAGCCCUUGUUUUGGGACCACACCCUCCACUGAAGCGCCACGGCUCCAACUAGGAAGGGGGGCAAUCAGGUGGCCAAGACAACUCUUGAUGGAGCCAGAACUUGCCUCCUUAAGGACUUCAACCAGGAAAUGGAAACACCAUGCAAGCCAGUCCAUUCACAGAACCUGUCCCAGGGGAGCAACAAGCUGGACAACCAAGCCACCCCCUCCCUAAGGGACUGUGUGACAGUACUGGUAACGCCCAGACUAUGGAUUUGUAGCUGCUUCGUGGGGAAAUGCAGAGUACAAGCUUUUAGGUAGUUUAAAGUAAAUGAGAAGGGUGUAUUUCAGCAGGUGAUGGGACUUCAAAUGUUUUACUUUUUAUUAUUCCAGCCCUUCAAAUGUCCCCAGAACUGUCAUCUCAGAGCAUGUGUCUUCUCAAUGUGUUCCCACAAUUUUUUAUUUAUGCUGCUGUUAUGUUGCUCAGAAGAAAAUAGAACCUUUACUCCGUUUGGGAAAACUUAGAAUCUAUGCUGAACUCAAAAAGGAAGAAAGGCAAAGACUGCUUCAGCGUGGGUGGAUGUCUCAUUUCUCCCUCGGUUUCGCUUCCCUUUCCAUUCUGGGGCUUCCCAUUUCGCUCUGUGGCCUCCUGCUCCUAAGUUUAUUCCCGUGGGAGAAGCCGGUCGCCUCAGUGGUUCCCACUCUCAGCUCCUGUUUGCUUCUUCAGAGGUCUGGCGGCCACCCCACACUUGCCUCAGAGCCAGUCGCUCCACCGGGGUGCAGGCCAGCCCAGCUUCCAGCCGCCACCAGCAGCUCAGCUCUGGCUGUCCAGCUCCGCUGGGCUCAGAACCUUCUGGCCCUGAACGGUCCCUCACAGCCAACCCCUGCCCAGAGACAGAUGCGGAAGCCUCUACCGGGCUCAGCCCACACUGCAUGGGCGGAAAGGGGAGAGGAAAAAGCAAACUGGACCCAUUCUCUCUGGAACAAGCAUGUACCUCCCAGCUUAGGGCAUUGAUAAGAAUUGAUGAAGUUUGCAUGUAAAGAAUUUUCAUAACCAAAUGCCCCAGAGGUGACAGAAAGGAAAGUUUAGACCAUAUUACAGCUCAGUUGGCCCUGAGAAUAAAAAAAUAUAUAGAAAGUAUCAGAUGUUUGGGCCCCCAACGUAGCUGAGAACUCAUUUCUCAGGUUAUACAAAACCUUUCACGUACUUUAACUGUGUGAAUGAAUAUACUACACAGACCUACUUCUACUAUUUUGAAUGAAUUGGUUCCACCAUCACUCCUCCCUUCUAAAUCAAUUCAUUCAUUUUAGUGGACAGCCCAUUUCUAUUUUAUGUUUUUGUUUUUGUUUUUGUUUUUGUUUUGUCUUUUUCUUUUGACACAGAGUUUCACUUUGUCACCCUGGGGUAGACAAAGUGAAUGUUAUCAUUUAAUUCUUGCCAGGGCUCUGUGACCCACAACCAAUCUUAGAAGUUUAUCCCGAUGGUCACAUUAGUUGGUCCCAAAGGAGACCCAUUUUUUAUUGGCGAACCCCAUUGUUCUGAAAUAAUGAAGAUGUAAGAAUGAGCUUUCUCACCUAAUAGGCACAAUGUCAGGGUAUAUGGCACACCUCCUGGGCGAGGGGCACAACUACAACCUGGACUCUACCUAACAAACACAAACAGUGUAACCUAUUCAUCUGUACCCUCAUUUAAUCUAAAGCAAAAACAAUUAGUUAUAAACUUAAAAAAAAAGAUAAUAAGCUUUGUGCUGCUAGUCACGCCCCCAUCUCACAGAGAAAGCCAUUCAAAUCUUGGUUCUGAUUUCUUGGGUCCCCAUACUUCCCUGAUUCCCGCCUUUCGGGUAGCUUCCCAGUUUGUGCUUAAGCCAGUUUGAAUAGGUUUCUGAUGCCCGCACCCAUUAAGAUCAAGACAGUUAUUCAUCUGGGAGUGGGAGAGCAGAGGCUCAAACUAGUCAUCUGUCUCCAACACGUAUGCUUUAAGGGAGACAGUCCAUGUUCGUGACUGGCCCAGACGCCUCCCCUUCUACCGCCCGGAAAGCCCCUCCACUGAAGAUUACUCCUGGGGGAGGUCACAUGUGUCCAGGGGCUUACCGUGGCAUGAUAUAGACAGAACUCAUUUGAAUAAUAAGAUCAUACAUGAGAAGUUCAUACAUUAACUAAGAGCUGACCAAUCCAAUUGUGUCUUUACGGUAUCAGAGGAGCUCUUUGCUGGAGGGAAUCUUAUCAUUAACCCUCUAAUGAAGCCAAGACUCUGUCUUCUCUGCUCAGUACGGAUUUUCACUCCUACUGCUAUUGUGAGCCUCUGUUACUAAACAGGUGGUGAGAAUCGCUCCACCACCCAAAGCAUUUCCCAGCCCACUGUUGA